AUGGCAGAUGGCGACGAAGUCGCCGUUUUCUUCUCCCAAGGCUUUUGGCCAUCUUUGUUUGGUGGCUUACGCCUCGAGCGCUCGGCCCAUCGCUUUAUCAACGUUCUGCACGUCUACACUUGGAUCGCCCUCUGCUGCAUUCCCCUUGCCCUCGCUUUGGUUUAUGACGGACGGGUGUCGGUCGUCGCCAAAUGCGCGACCGCCAUUGCUUUUGCGUUGGCCUUUGCCGCCGCGCAUCUCAUCUCCUAUCGUCUUCACCAGAUUCUAGAUGAGGCUGACCAUGAGCAAGAGGCUUCCCCUCUGAGCAGUUCCGCACAAUCCCUCCCCAUCACCUUGGCCCCAGCUUUGGAUUUAAUUCCACACCUGGAGUUGGAUCCCGUUUUCGACAAGGAAGAUCAAACGCUGACUGUCCGGCUCAACAACAUGACCAAUGGCCUGUUCCUAAAAACCACGAUUCCAGGCCGCGAUGAAGAGCUCUGGAAGCUCGGUGCGAUGGGCCGACGCCACAUGGAGCGUCUUUUGCGCGCCAAACCUGGACCAGGCUGGUUUGCAUUUCGUUCCAGUGAAGUUCAUCCCGACGACGUCCUCUCCAUCAAGCUCAGGCAUGUGUUGGCCACGGCCUUGCGCAAUGAGAGCAUAACGCUCAGACCGCUUCUCAACACUGAUCCUUUGUUUCUGCAGAAUGCGAGCUCCAAUGCCGAGCUUGCACGUCGAUUUCAAGACUACAUGGGCCGAUCCAUGGAUCUUGCCACCUUGAACGUGGCGGCAGACAUGCCAGCGCACGAUGCUGCAAUUUUCUACCGUGGUGCCUGCAUCAACCAUCUCAUUGCGGCUUGCGAGCGAGCUCGGACCAUAUAUCGGCAAAAUGCCAGCACCUUCCGCCUGCUCCAGGCUGAGGAUCCGGCUUUUGAAGCCAUGGCCAUGGACUUUGAAGCACUGGAUGAUCUUUUGAGCCGAGCUUUGACCUUGUUGCGCCGCAACGAGUUGGUUGAUCCGCGCCAACUGUACCUCAAUGUAACAGAGACCGUCGAAAGGAUCCAAUCGCAAAUCACUCACGGAACACGUUUCAACGUUGGAGCAUGCAUUGAGGUCAUUCGCAACCUGCAGACGCUUGUCGAAGCCGAAAAUCGUGCCGUUCCUCCACGCCGACCGCCUCGACCACACCUGGCAGGUUGGCAACGUACACGCCGCGAUGCUGGCGAUGACGAGAACGAAGCUAAUGGCGAGGAUGGCGAGGAUGGCCCAGCAACUGAGCGUGCAGCCAUGUUUGUAAACCCUUCAACUGCCGAGGACAUUUACGGCUCCCGAGAGGACGUUGCGGACAUUCCAGCACCAACAACCAUCGCGUCAAGGGCUGCAGAUGAGGACUCGGAUUUUGAUCUGUCCAGCAACGAUGACGAUGACAGUGAUGGGAGCUCUACAUCUUGGAGCAGCAACGAACUAUUGCAUGGCCCUGGGCCUCAUCCAGGCGCGCCAGCGCGAUCACACGCACCAGGCGGCGCUCCUUUUUUGGAUGCCGACUAUCAUGAUGAGUUGGAGCGCACUAUUGCUGCCCUUGAGGGCGAAACUGCGUCGGCCGAGCCGUCGGUUGCGGCCUCAACUCUUACAGAUGUCCCUCUUUCCGAUCCAAGUUCUGCUCCAGUGCCCCCCAUCACGGGCCCAGCCAAGGCGGGUGCCAGCGAAGCGGGUAGCACGAGUCCAAGUGUGCGGCGUACCCGAUCUGCACGCCAACCCGUCUUAUCGCGUCGCCAGACUGAAGAACCACGACUAAGCCGCUCCUUUCGCGAGCCUUCACGCUUGCGUCGUGAGCUCAACUUUGCCGUCGCACCGCCUGUUAUCAUGGACGGCGUCUACACACCUGUGAACAUGUCACCGGAGCCCUCUGAUUUGGAAGACAAUGCGACUGCAGUGCACACGGCUCCUUCCCCGAUGGCUUUGUCGACAGCGUUAACUGCUGCUGCUGCUGAAAGCGCUGGGUCACAGGUAUGGACCGCUAGUGAUGUGCCACGGGCCCGCCGAGUUGAGGAUCCGCACGCACGCAGCGCUUCAGCAGAUGUGGCCACGCCAUGUACGGUUGAACCCAUAUGUUUGCGUGUGUGUGUGUGUGUGUGUGUGUGUGUGUGUGUGUGUGUGUGUGUGUGUGUGUGUGUGCACCUUUUCAUGAGCUUCUGCCUUUAUCGCGUCAUUGCCGUGUGCUGCUUUGCUUUGCUCUGGUUUCUGGGCCAUGGGAACUGA